AGAGAGAGUCGCAAAAGGCGAUAGGAGAAGAGAGAGAGACAGAUUUUUGGUAGUGCAGCAGCGAUAGGCGACAGCGUUGGAGGAGCAAAAUUGGCGAAUUUAUGAGUGAAAGAGGGCCAGCAGCAGCGCCGCCGGCGGGAAUGGCGGUCACGGAUCAUCAAAUUGCACAGGCGCUGGACUGUCUCCUUCGCGAAACUAACGCCCUUACUACCAUUACCGCCGUCGUUGAACAGCUCCAGUCCAAACUCGGCGUCAACUUGCUUCACAAAAUCGACUUCAUUCGUAGCCAGAUCCACCAUUUCCACCUGCUCCACUCCAAUUUCAUGCCCCACUUUCAGCACCCCAAGGACCAUUUCUCCAUCCAUCAAAACCCUAAUUUCCCUCCCAAUUUCUCCGCUGCCCAGGGUUACGCCUUCCGCCCCCCUCCCCCGCUGCCUCCUCACCCGCCGUCUCCGUCCUCGGCCGUAAACACCCCCAGCACCGCCUCUGCCGCUCCCCCUGCUAAAGAGAGUGCAUCGACAGGGAAAAAAAGAAGAGGUGGGCCAGGUGGUCUGAAUAAACUAUGCAAUGUUUCUCCAUUGCUUCAAGCCAUUGUAGGCCAGCCAUCCUUGCCGAGGACUGAGAUUUUUUCGCAGAUCGUGAAACAGUUGUGGGUGUACAUUAGGAAACACAAUCUUCAAGACCCAAACAAUAAAAGGAAGAUAAUUUGUAACGAUGAGCUCCGCUUGGUAUUUGAGACUGACUGUACCGACAUGUUCAAGAUGAAUAAAUUGCUAGCUAAACAUAUAACUGCGCUCGAGCCUACAAAACAGAUGGCCCAAGAUGCUAAAAGGCAGAAGGUUGAAGUGGAAUCAGGAAGUGAAUCAACUGAUGCCCCAGUUCCAAUUGUGGUAAUAUCUGAAGCACUUGCCAGUUUCUUUGGAACUGAGGAGAGGGAGAUGUCACAAGCUGAAGUGUUGAGGCAAAUGUGGGAGUAUAUAAAGGCCCACCAACUUGAGGAUCCUUUGAACUCAACCGCAAUCUUGUGCGAUGAAAAAUUACGAGAGCUUCUUGGCUGUGAAAGCAUCUCAGCGUUGGAGGUACCAGAGAUGUUGGCACAACGCCACUUGUUCAAGAAAUCGUGACAAAGAGAUCUGACUGAUAUUUUGAGAUUGCAGAUAGAUGAUGUUAAUCCUAACACACUGUAUCCUGACAUUACUCCUCUGAAUGGUGUUCUUCCUGUAAAGAAGGUUCUAUGGCUUGUCUCUUAUGAUUGGUUAGGCUUAUGAUUGUGUCGCGAGAAAUUCAUGGUGUUGGUAAAUUAUGAAUACAAUUCCAACUCAUCUCGUCACCUAAUAUGUUAGAUUUCUUUCUCGUUGCAACGUUAAUGUAUUUUCUGAUAUGGGUAUUUGCUAGUUUGUGAUAUGGUAGGUCAUGCACUGAACCUCCCAAUUGUAAAGAGAGGUGUGCAGGUUUCAUUCUUUAUCAACUGUUCUGAAACAACUACUAGUGUAAUACAUAUGCUUGCCAUUCCA